AUGGAUCGGAUGACGAGCCUGGAGAACAUUGCGCGCGGCUUCCAGUUGGAGGGAUGGACCGAGCUCGAGGAGAAGGUUUGCUAUCGCCUCUUUUUUCAGCUGUGUGCUGAAACAGAUGACAUCGACAAGGCUCCCGUCCUCAGUUCCCUGUGGUUCGAAAUAUCCCGUCAGUUAUCGGACCUUAUGCAAAAGAAGUUCACGUGGAUGAAGGUGCGGGAGAAAAUCUAUUGUCUUCAAGGGCAUUACCGUGAAUUCCUUCGCUUCUUGACCAUACCGGGAGUUCGAGUGCAUGAGGAUGGCGGUUUGGUUAGCGUCAACAGAGAGGAAUGUCGUCGGAGAGGUAAUUAUAAUUUAUUACCUUUUUAUUUUUGUAAUUUUUUUUCCUCAGUGGACAAACAUGUUGGAAGCCCAAUCCAUGAUCUGCCACUUCCUAUGGAUCCCCUGUUCAACGUUGACGGCAAUGAGGAUUUGAUGGAUGAGGAGUCUGAUGUGGACUCCUGCGUCGACUCCGUGUGA